CCACCAAGUGACUAAGAACUCUCCGUAUUUAAGAGGGAGCAGAAAUGGGCUGAGAGUAGCUUCUGUUUUCUCCACAGACAAGCACACCCUCAUCUGAUUUGGGGUGUCAGUGAGCUGGAGAGAGAGAGGUGGGGGAAACCUCACAGGCUCCUUCCUGCUACCACCAUGUGCUAUGGCAAAUGUGCCCGGUGCAUCGGACACUCCUUGGUGUGGCUCGCCGUCCUCUGCAUUGUGGCUAACAUUUUGCUUUACUUUCCCAAUGGGGAAACAAGGUAUGCAUCUGAACACAACCUCAGCCGCUUCGUGUGGUUCUUCAGUGGCAUUGCAGGAGGAGGCUUGCUGAUGCUCCUGCCUGCGUUUGUCUUCAUUGGGCUGGAGGAGGAGGACUGCUGUGGCUGCUGUGGCCACGACAACUGUGGCAAGCGAUGUGCGAUGCUUUCUUCUACAUUGGCUGCUCUUAUUGGACUCUCAGGAUCUGGCUACUGUGUCACUGUGGCCUCUAUGGGCUUAACAGAAGGACCGUGGUGUCGUGAUUCUCUCGGACAUUGGAACUACACCUUAGCUGGCACUGAAGGACAGUACCUUCUGGAUAGUUCCACCUGGUCCCAGUGCAAGGAACCCAAGCACAUUGUGGAGUGGAAUGUAACUCUGUUUUCUCUCCUCUUGGCUUUUGGAGGAAUCGAAUUCAUCUUGUGUCUCAUUCAAGUAAUAAAUGGAUUGCUUGGAGGCAUUUGUGGCUACUGCUGCUCUCGCCAGCAGCAAUAUGACUGUUGAAAGAACCACCUAAAGACAGAACAAUAAGCUUCCUCUACUUCCUUGUAAUUUAUACAUUGUGCUUGUAAUAUUGUAAACCUUUGUACUAGUGUAUCAUACUCCCCAUAUUCUACUUUUAUAAAACUGUAUAAAGACUGGCAUCUUCACAUGUCAGUAUCUGAACUUGGCAAACAAGCUUUUUUUUUUUUUUAAGGAAUGGGAAAACCGGAGUACUGGGGCUAAUUUACAGACUGACAAGCCUGAGCUUUAUCUGAGAUAAACUUUGCAAUGUCUAGGAUAAAAAUCCCACUCCAAUUGCAACUGUAUAUAUGUGUAUGCAUUUUAAAUGAAAGAUGUCUAACUUAAGACCAAGAAGAAUCCCAGCAAGCUAAAAAGAUGUUGCUUGUCACUGUUCGUAUGGUGUUUCCCAUUUGUACGCCUGGAUACCUCCAGCCAGGGGCCUUCGGAACCGUUUUAGUUCUGUGUGACAUGAACUCUUGCCUGGAUUUGGAGGCCUGGUUGAAAAUACUCCAUGCCCAAUGAAGGAAUCAAAACGCAGUGCUAUAAGUUGCUGUGAGUCCUACCAGAUCCUAACUGUUUUUUAACAUGUACAAAGCUUUUUGUUCUUCGAAGGAGGAUCAAGUGUUUAAAGUGGAAAAGGCCAGGAAAACCAGGCAAGCAAAGAGAUGGGAAAUGGAUUAGAGCAGAUGAUCAGCAUAGUGAGAUGGGAGGGGAGUGAGGGUGGAAAGCCCACGGGGACAUUUCCCCUAAACUUGAUCAUGUACCACAAAAUAAACUAUCAAGUACUAUC